ACUAGUCUCCACUUCCAGAAUUAUAUGAAUUUCUUCUAAAAUGCAAAACAGAAUAUACUUGAAGCUCAAUAUUUAAAAAACAAUUAUUCGAUCUAUUUCAUAUUUGUCAGUAAAAGAUUAUUGGUUAAAUAAUUUCAUAUAUUUUAUAUAUUUCAUAUAAAGAUCAGAUGAGAAAUAAAACGAGAAAAGUUCUGGUUUCUACUUUCCGAGAAAAUCAAUACAAACGGACGGACAAAGAAAACUAGAAAUAACGACAUUAUUAGAGAAUCAAUAAAUGUUCUCUUCUUUGUUGAAGCAAUGAGUGGAAAUCCUUGAAAAGUCUAGAGAAAAUACGCAAAAUGGGUCGUGGCAAAGCUUGUUGCGUAGGACCUUGUUGUGCUGGAUCUCAAGUUGAUAGUGAAGAAGAAUACGACCCGUCGCACAAUGGACCGAUUAAGGACAGAUCUUGCACAGAUGUCAUAUGCCUACUACUAUUUAUUGUAUUUUUACUCGGUUGGGGCGUGGUUUCCGUGUAUGCUUUUGUGAAUGGGAAUCCUAAACAGCUCAUAUACCCUAGUAACAGUAGAGGUGAGAUAUGUGGAACUGCUGAUCACUCUGAGAAGCCGUUCCUGUUGUUCUUUGACCUGACAGUAUGCAUCGGGCUGUCCGCGACUAUCGGCGGAUGCGCGACCCCGCAAGUGUGCGUGCGCGAAUGCCCGUCAGGAUACUGGUCUUAUGUUACUGGAAAGACAAAGGAGCUCCAAUCUUUUUGUACAGAUUUGAGUCCUGGUGAGUUUGAAGGAACGGAUGUAAAUACUUUGAUAAGAUUACGGAAAUGUCCAGCUUACCUCCUGGACAGUACUCAUAUUCUGGGUAGAUGUGUUCCUAACUUUGGUAUCUUAAAACUUAACUCAUCAGAAGAAACUUUAAUUCAACAACUUAAAAAGGAUGAUAACACAGCAUUAGAUACUGGUAGUCUAACUCAGGGAAUAAAGUUCUUGAUGAGUGCCAUUAACCUGGGAGGUUUAGGAGAUAAACUUCUAACUGAUUUAUCCUUCUACUGGUGGAUUCUUCUCCUUUCUCUUCUAGCAUCCAUGCUUCUAUCAUUCUUCUGGAUAGCACUGUUGAGAUAUGCUGCUGGUCCUAUGGUCUGGUUAAGUAUUAUACUCGGAGUAACACUACUUUUAACAGCUUCAGCUCUAUUCUGGUACAGGUAUACUUUGCUGUUGGAAGCAGGAACUGAUGCGGAUAAAGAUGCUAUUUUUCUCCCUCCAGGAGUCAGCGCAUUCUCCUCAUUCUACUUUAGUCCAACAUUUUGGAUAGUUGCUGCGAUUAUCCUUACUAUAAUCACCGUAUUCAUCAUCCUCAUCCUUAUCUUUCUUAGAUCAAGGAUAGUUAUAGCAAUAGAACUCAUAGAGGCGGCUAGUCAAGCAAUAGGAAGCAAUAUGACAACCUUGUUUUUCCCAGGAGGUCCAUUUAUCCUCGAGGUUCUCUGUAUUAUCUGGUUCUGCUUAAUCGCAUCCUUCCUUGCAUCCUCAGGAGAAGCGCAGUUCAAGGUUGUGGAUACAUGUAAGGAGAUGACCUGCUUGAACCCUGAAACUAACCAGGCCUACUACAAGAACCAGGUGUGUGAAACAACCUCCUUCAACUGUUCCACCUGUCCCCAGGCUAAAUGUGUGUUCCAUAAAUUUGGUCCUGGUCUACUAGGAUCCGUUCUCCAGGUUUAUAAUCUCUUUGCACUCUUCUGGGUUCUUUUCUUUACCCAGGCUCUAGGAGAGAUGAUACUAGCUGGAGUAUUCGCUGGUUGGUUCUGGACAAUGGAUAAAGUAAACGAUCUACCCCUAGCUCCGAUAUUCUCUAGUGCUCAUAGAACAUUCAGAUAUCAUCUUGGAACCAUAGCUUUCGGUUCUCUUAUCCUAACAGUAGUUAGGAUGAUACGUGUAUUCCUGGAGUUUAUAGAGCAGAGAUUGAAACAGUAUGGACCUGAUAAUGUAGCUGUUAAAGCUAUUCUCUGCAUGUGUAAAUGUUGCUUCUAUUGUCUAGAGAACUGUUUACGGUUUCUCAACAGGAACGCGUAUAUAAUGACCGCUGUUUAUGGAUACAACUUCUGUAGCGGAGCCAGAAGAUCAUUUAUGCUGUUAGCUAGAAAUCUAGCUCGUGUAAGUGUUCUAGAUAAAGUGACAGAUUUCAUCCUUCUCAUUGGUAAAAUAAUAGUUCUGAGUCUAGUUCUACUGUUUGCUCUAGCGUUGUAUAAAGCAGGAGCUAUAGAUGCAGAACGCCAGCUCAACUUUCAGAUAGUUCCAGUCCUUCUCAUCAUCCUUACAACAUACGCAGUAUCUUCAAGUUUCUUCUCCGUAUACUCUAUGGCGGUGGAUACAAUAUUCCUGUGUUUCCUGGAGGAUAUAGAGAAACAUGAUGGUUCAGAGGAAAAUCCAUAUUUCAUGCAUCAAGAUCUCAGAAGGGUUCUUGGAUAUAUGAACAAAAUAAAACAAGUUGAAGAAUCUAAACAAGAAUAGAUACCAGACACUUGUCAAUUUUCUGUAAACACAGUCGGGAAUACGGUUCUCAACAAAUACAAUUUAAUCAGUUUCUGAACAAGUCUAGGUGUAAAAGUUGCCGUAUCAUGUAAAAAAAAUUCGACAAAUGUAUAUUAUAUAAUCUAUAUAUUUUCAAAUAAACAUAUUAUAUUGCUA